AUGUCAGCACCAGUCAAUUGUGAAGAAUGCCAAAAGAAAGUCUACCCAUUGGAGGCUCAUACUGCAGUUGGUAAAUCAUGGCACAAGCACUGUUACAAGUGUUUCGAGUGCAAGCAAGUAUUGAACUUGAAGACCGCUCAACCACACCAAGCCUCCCAACGUAUCUAUUGUAACACUCAUUAUCCAAAGGAAAAAGCUACCCAAGUCGCUGACUCUUUGGCAGUCAAGAAUGCCACAAACGCACCAAAGGUUAAUUUGGUAAACAACCAAAAGCGUGGAGACGACAUGGAGAAUCCAAUUCAAACCUCUGACACAAUGCAACUUAACAAUGCUAGAAAUGCACCAAAGGUUGAACGUCUUCCACCACAUCAAAGAGAUGAUCAACAUGUUAAACCAAUUGGAACUUUGGAUAUGGCACAUUUGAAUGCCAUCAAUGCUCCAAAGGUCGGUACUGUCAACGAUCAAGUUAGAAAUGUAGAUGCACCAAUCGGUGGUAUCGAUGUCACUCUCAAGAAUGCCAUCAACGCACCAAAGGUCGGUACUGUCAACGAUCAAGUUAGAAAUGUAGAUGCACCAAUUGGUGGUAUCGAUAUGGCUACCCAGACCGCUAUCAACGCACCUAAGGUCUCUGCUUACAACGAGCAAAUCAGAGGUACUGGUGAUGCUCCAUCCCAAGCCAUCGAUCUCAAGCUUCAAAAUGCCAUCAACGCUCCAAAACUGGACACAUACAACAACGAGAUUAAAUCAAUCGAACGUGAUGUUUAA